AUGCGCUUGGUCGUCAAGGGCAUGCGCUGCCAGAAGAACUGCGCGACGCGCAUCCAGUCGGCGCUCGAGGCGGUGCCUGGCGUUGCCUCGGCCAGCGUGAGCUUCAAGGACAAGGCGGCGACCGUGCAAUGCGACGCGUCUGUCUCGGCGGUCGAGCUCAUCCACGCCGUGCGCAGCCUCGACGCGGGUGCGACCAAGAGCUUUGACGCGUACAUGGCCGGCGACGACCGCUUAGUGCGGAUCGUCCAACUUGGCGUCGAGGGCAUGAGCUGCCAAAUGAACUGCGCGGCCAAGGUGCAAGCCGCGCUCAGCGAAGCCAACGGCGUGCAGGCGGCCACCGUCGACUUUGAGCACCGGGUCGCGACCAUCACAAUUGCGCCGGGCAGUCGCAUCACCGAGACCGACCUCAUUGCGGCAAUCGAGAGCAUCAAGGGCAAAAAGUUCAAGGCGUCCGUGCACGACCCAUCAGUGACUGCGCCGGCCAUCCACGAGACUGCGGCGCCGGCGCCGGUCGUAUCGGUCGUCGUGCAUCCAGCCGUCGAGACGGGCGACGUGACGCUCACGGUCGUCGGCAUGACGUGCAACUCGUGCGCCAACUCGGUCGAGACCGCGCUCCGCAGCACGGACGGCGUCCUCUCGGCGGUCGUCAACUUUGCCACCGAGAGCGCGUACGUCAAGUUUACCAAGGACAAGGUUGGCAUCCGGUCGCUCGUUGAAGUCGUCGAGGCCAUUGGGUACGAAGCGUCGGUCGCGACGGGGUCGACGACAGCCGCGUCGACCGAGAACCGGCUCGUCGAGGUCGCGGCGUGGAAGCGCCGGCUGUACCUCGCGCUCUUCUUUACCUUUCCGAUCGUGAUUCUCAUGACGGUGCUCGACAACAUUCCGCAAGUCGCGCUCGGUUUGCAGAGCCCCGUGUUUCAGCUCCCCGGCACGUCCUUUGACUCGUUCUUCUUGCUCGUGCUGGCGACGCCGGUGCAAUUCCUCGCUGGCGCCAAGUUUCACGCGGAGGCGUGGAAGGGCUUGAAGAAUCAUACGCUCGGCAUGUCGUUUCUCGUCUCGAUGGGCACGAACGCCGCCUACUUUUACGGCCUCUUUAGCGACCUUCGCUGCGUCUAUUGGGCCAACGCAGAGCUGAGCGUCCCCGACAUGUACAUGACGUCGUCGAUGCUCAUCACGUUCAUUCUGCUCGGCAAGACCAUGGAGGCGAUCGCGAAAGGCCGCACCAACGACGCACUCCGCAAGCUCUUUGAGCUCCAAGCCAAGGUCGCCACCAUGCUGAUCCAAGAUGCGAAUGGCAAUGUCAGCGAAGAGGUCGUGCCCAUCGAGUUGGUGCAGCGUGGCGACAUUCUCAAGGUCGUCCGCGGCGGCAACGUCCCGGCCGACGGUGUCAUCACGGAAGGCGAAGGCCGCCUCGACGAGUCCAUGCUAACGGGCGAGUCCAAGCCCAUCAAAAAGACACCUGGUGACACGGUCCUCGGCGCCACGCUCAACGUCGACGGUCUCUUCCACAUGCGCGUCACGGGCGUCGGUCGCGACACGGCGCUGAGCCAGAUUGUGCGACUGGUCGAAGACGCGCAGACGUCCAAGGCGCCGAUCCAAGCCUACGCCGACAAGAUCGCGUCGGUGUUUGUGCCGAUCGUGCUGGGUCUCUCUGUGCUGACGUUUGCAGUCUGGUUUGGUCUGGUCUCGUUCGGAUACGUGGUGCCGCCAGACCACACGGGCGGCUUUCUCUUCGCGUUCAACUUUGCCAUCUCGACGCUCGUGGUCGCGUGUCCGUGUGCUUUGGGGCUGGCAACACCGACGGCCGUCAUGGUCGGGACAGGUGUCGGCGCGACCCACGGUAUCCUCAUCAAGGGCGGCGAGCCCCUCGAGGUCGCACACAAAGUCAACACGGUGCUCUUUGACAAGACGGGGACGUUGACGAACGGGACGCCGAGCGUGACGGACGUGAUUGUGCUGAGCAACGAGUGGACGUCGGACGCAUUGAUGUGGCUGGCAGCGUCGGCAGAGCUCGGUAGCGAGCACACGCUCGGUCGGGCGAUCGUGAACCGUGGCAAGCUAUUGGCCAAGCCAUUGGAGCAGCCCGAGUCGUUUACUGCCGUCUCAGGCAAGGGUAUCACGGUCGAGCUUUCCAAUGCAGUCGUCCAUCUCGGCAACCUCGACUACAUGCAGGACUGUGGCAUGGCGGUUCCCGCGGCUGUCCCAAGCCAUCGUCGUCGCCUCGAAGAAGCCGGCAAGACCGUCAUCUACAUGGGGAUUUGCGACUCGGUCGUUGCACUCAUUGGCAUCUCGGACGCGCCGCGCGCCGAGGCCAAGCAGACGAUCGCUCAUCUCCAUGCGCUCGGCCUCGACGUGUACAUGGUGACGGGCGACAAUAGCCGCACGGCGCACUGGGUCGCAGCGCAAAUCGGUCUUCCGAGCCACCACGUCAUGGCCGAGGUGCUCCCGGCCAACAAAACGGCCAAAGUCCAAGAGCUCCAGGCCCAAGGUCGCAUCGUGGCCAUGAAGCGAUGGCUGAGCCCCAGCGCGGCGCACCCGACACCGACCCGCGCCAAGACCUUUGACGACGACGACGACGACGCGCAGGGGAUGGAUGGCGCUGGCGCCUUGGACUCGCCCUCGCCCGUGCGCAAGGUGCGCCCCAUGGGCGAUCGCAUGCGCGAGCUUGAUGCGAUGCUCUACUCGCCCAAAGGCAAGACGAGGCUCGUCCCGACAAAGCUGCAGAUGGACCUAUCGCCGCCGCCGCCGCCGACAAAAGCAAGUCCAUUGCGCCGGCUACCGCCCAAGCUCAACCUUGACGCGGCGCCGUCACGUCCAGUGAUGACGAUACUGACAACCCCCAGUAAACGCACCGAGACCCCUCUCAUCGCUACGGCGCCCAAGGAGCCAUCAAAACCGAGCGCGGCAGACCCACCGUCGGUGACCAAGACAAACGCAAGCGAGCCCAUCAAUAUAGAUGACGACGUCGACGACGAGGUCACUGAGAAAAAGCAGGUGGCCAAAGAUGGUUUCUCCGAGCUCCUCCUCGGUGCCAAGCGCCAAGCAGCGGCGGCGGCCAACCCCGUGGCCAAGAGCCAGCAAGGGCUCGUGAACCUUGGCAACACGUGCUAUAUGAACGCGGUGCUGCAAGCGCUCUUAUCGCUGCAGGCCUUUGUGACCACGCUCCGUGACGAUGCGUGGGUCACGGCACUGACCAAGAUGCCGCUGCCAAAAGGCCAUUGGCAAGCCAAGGCUGUCAAGGACGCAUACGACUUUUACCUGGUCUUUAAAACCAUGAUCAAGGGCCACGUGCAGUCGGCGCACUUGGACCCGAGUCCGAUGAAGGCGGUUGUUGGUAAGCGUGCCCAAGUGUUUGCCAACAAUGCACAGCAGGAUGCGCAUGAAUUCCUCAUGAACGUUCUGAACGAGCUCGAGGCCGACAUGAAGGGCGUGAAGGCGAGCAAGCAGUCGCUGCACCAGUACUUUGGCGGCAACGAUGAGAAAGCGAUGGUAACACCGACGCUGGCACCGGCCGACGUCGAAGCGCUCUUGCCGACAACCACGUUCUUUCGCACGACGGUCACGCAAACACUCACGUGCUCGUCGUGCGCGUACCGCCGGCACGUCAAGGAAACGUUCCGGGAACUCUCACUGGACUUUCCAGCCCUCGCGGCGCCCAAGCCACCGAUCUUGUGCAAGUGUCAGAAGCCCGUCAAGCGCUUGAUUACCAAGAAAGACGGGAAAAACAAGGGUCGUCCGUUCAUCAAGUGCAACCAGUUUCCGCAGUGCGAGUUCUUUGCGUGGGACGACGCGCCGCCCGAGCCGCCAGCGCCCGCUUUGGACGUGCCCCAGCUCUUGACGACGCAUUUUCAAUCGCACACGGUCGACCUCAAGUGCGAAAAGUGUGCUGACGGCGCCUCGGUCAAUGUGACUGCAACGAUCACGCACGCGCCACCGAUUCUUGUGCUGCACCUCAAGCGCUUUGAGAUCAGCACGGCGAGUAUGACGCUCGUCAAGCGCAACGACAUUGUGGUGGCACCCACCUCGGUGGACCUGAGUGUGUUCCAGGCGCCAAACGCCAAGCCAGCUCCAAAGUACCGUCUCAAGAGUAUUGUGCGGCACCUCGGGCGCACGGCGGGCGAAGGCCAUUACAUCACCGACGUGCACAACCAGGCUACGAAAUGGACGCGCUACAACGACGCGCUCGUCACCGAGGUCGAUCAAGCUGCAGUGCUCACGGGCCCUGGCGCCGAGACGGGGUACCUCCUCUUUUACGUUGCGGAGACGUCGACGGGCAAAGGGCCGGCGUUGCUGGGACGGUCUGGCUAG